CUCCCCCCUCCCCGCUCCUCCCGUCCCGUGCACGCUCGGCGGCGGCGGCUCCGCGGCCCCGGUCCCUCGCCGCGCUGCCCCAUGCUGCCGUGAGCCCGACAGCGAGUCCGCCAUGGGCCGCGGGCCCUGCGUCCCCGCGGAGGCGUCGGGGGCGGCCGUCCAGGGCCGCCGGCUGGGAGCCGCGCUGGGCGCCCUGUGCCUCCUCCCCGCGCUGGUGCUGCUGGCCCGGCUGGGGGCCCCGGCGGCCCCGCCCUGGAGCGCAGCGCAGGGGGACGUCGCUGCGCCGGACCCAUCAGGGACCCCCAGCACCCGGGUCCCGAGCCCGCUGCCCGCUUUGGCGCCCCGCAGACGCCGCUACACACUGACCCCAGGCCGGCUGCGCUGGGACCACUUCAAUCUGACCUACAGGAUCCUGUCCUUCCCUCGGAACCUGCUGAGUCCCCGGGAGACCCGGCGGGGCCUGGCUGCCGCCUUCCGCAUGUGGAGCGACGUGUCCCCCUUCAGCUUUCGCGAGGUGGCCCGCGAGCAGCCCAGCGACCUCCGGAUAGGCUUCUACCCGGCCAACCACACGGACUGCCUGGCGUCCCCGCUGCACCACUGCUUCGACGGCCCCACCGGCGAGCUGGCCCACGCCUUCUUCCCCCCGCACGGCGGCAUCCACUUCGAUGACAGCGAGUACUGGAUCCUGGGCCCCACGCGCUACAGCUGGAAGAAAGGCGUGUGGCUCACGGACCUGGUGCACGUGGCGGCCCACGAGAUCGGCCACGCGCUGGGCCUGAUGCACUCGCAGCACGGCCGGGCGCUCAUGCAUCUCAACGCCACGCUGCGGGGCUGGAAGGCGCUGUCGCAGGACGAGCUGUGGGGGCUGCACAGGCUCUAUGGCUGCCUGGAUCGUCUGUUUGUCUGCGCGUCCUGGGCGCAGAGGGGCUUCUGCGACACCCGCCGGAGGCUUAUGAAGAGGCUGUGCCCGAGCAGCUGCGAUUUCUGCUACGGUGACGCCUGGGGCGGGGCUGGGGACUGCUUGGGCCUUGGUCUCCCAGCCUUGGCUGUGGUCUGGGUGACAGGGGUACUGAUGCAGUGGCACUUUUCUCUGCCUCGAGCAGAAUUCCCCUUCCCCACGGUGGCCACCACCCCACCGCCCCCCAGGACUAAAACCAGGCUGGUGCCCGAGGGCAGGAACGUGACCUUCCGCUGUGGCCAGAAGAUCCUCCACAAGAAAGGCAAAGUGUACUGGUACAAGGACCAGGAGCCCCUGGAGUUCUCUUAUCCCGGCUACCUGGCCCUGGGCGAGGCACAUCUGAGCAUCAUCGCAAACGCCAUCAACGAGGGCACCUACACGUGUGUGGUGCGCCGGCACCAGCACGUGCUCACCACCUACUCCUGGCGUGUCCGUGUGCGGAGCUGAGCCUGCCCAGUGCCCUGCUGGGCUGGGAGUCCCUGUGAUAAAGCACUUU